UACUACAAAAGAAACCACUUGUUAUUUCCCACUAAACCAUGUGAAACCAACCCACCAAGCUAGCACCACUACCAGCCCUCUUCUUUCUCUUUCUAUACAUACAACCACACCCAUCAUCUCAUCACGCCAUCUUUGUCUCAAUUUGAUUAAAAUCCAAAGAUGGGUUUUGUGUAUUUACUCUGUGUUUGUCUCUUGCUGUUGUUUCAACAAUCAUUGGCAGGACAGCAGUACAACAAUGUGAGCAGAGCAUUGAAAGGGAAGAAGCAAUUGAGUGGGUGUAAUUUGUUUCAAGGCAAAUGGGUUUUUAAUGCUUCAUAUCCUCUCUAUGAUUCCUCUGCUUGUCCCUUCAUAGCUGAUGAAUUUGAUUGCAAAAAGUAUGGUAGACCAGAUAAGCAGUAUCUCAAGUAUGCUUGGAAGCCAGACUCCUGUGACUUACCCAGAUUUGAUGGGCGGAGAUUAUUGACAUUGUGGAGAGGGAAGAAGAUAAUGUUUGUGGGUGACUCAGUGAGUCUGAAUAUGUUUGAAUCACUAUCAUGUAUUAUUCACGCGUCCGUGCCAAGUGCAAAUACGAGCGUUGCCACGAGGGACUCACUGUCUUCCGUGUCCUUUAAGGACUACGGAGUGUCUAUUUUCUUGUAUAGAACACCAUAUUUGGUUGAUAUAGUUACAGAAAAUGGCAGUAGAGUGCUCCGGCUAAACUCCAUUGAAGCUGGAAAAUCAUGGAAAGACAUGGACGUGUUGAUCUUUAACUCCUGGCACUGGUGGCCACACACCGGAAAAUCUCAGCCAUGGGACUACAUUAGAGAUGGAAGUGGGCUUUAUAAAGAUAUGGACCGCUUGGUUGCAUUUCAGAAAGGCUUGACAACAUGGGCUAAAUGGGUUGAUCUCAAUGUUGAUCCUGCUAAAACAAAAGUUUUCUUCCAGGGGAUUUCUCCUACCCAUUAUCAAGGGAAGGACUGGAAUCAACCAAAGAAGAGCUGCGGCGGCGAAUUGCAGCCACUAUCAGGGUCUACUUAUCCGGGAGGAGCACCACCUGCAGCUGCAGUGGUGAACAGGGUGUUGAGUUUAAUUAAGAAACCAGUUUAUCUACUUGACAUAACAACACUCUCACAACUAAGAAAAGAUGCACACCCUUCUACUUACGGUAAUGACCCUUCAAGCAAUGACUGCAGCCAUUGGUGCCUUCCUGGACUGCCUGACACUUGGAACCAGCUUCUAUAUGCAGCUAUUGUCAUGUGAAGGUCAAUACUAAGCAAGAGCUUAUAGUUUUUCAUAUAUGUUUUCUUUAUACAUUUAUGAAGGGACAAAGGUCUCUCAUUAAUUCACUUCCGGUAGAUGAUAACAAGGGGGGUAAAUCAAUUGUAAAGUGAUUGAUUUCAUUGACCAAGGCAAUAACAAAUAGAUAGGAUGGUGACAUGGAUGAUGCAAAUGUAUCUUCAUGUGAUCAUGCAAUGCAAGUUUCUUCUCGAAGUGAUUUACUCCAUUAAACACGACUUCUGGAGCAUAAUGAGAAACUUAAUAAUUUUGGUCAAGAAUAACAGCGUUGUUUCUAGAAUAAAGUUCAGGCAUACAGACAACAUGACAGCAGAAAAACUCACAAACUAGAAAGACAGCAGGAUAAAGCAUUGUCAGGAAUAGGUUGUUACGUUGUUGAAAUCAUUAAAACAAAGUAGUCAUUUAAAGUAGCCAGAUAACAUAAGAUACCAAAAAUCCAAGAUAAAACAGAAACCUUUAGUUACAAACUGGGUGAUUAGAUGUGAAAUCUAA